AAGUUAAAAAUAGACAUUUAUACACCAUUCGAUAGACAAUUUCAAGAGCUACAUUUUGCACUAUUUAUAUUUGAAAAAAGGAUUAUUUCGAUUUUCCGCCUAAUUUCCGCCUAUAUGCCCACUGUGCAGCACCGUAUAACUUAGCUGCUGCUUAUCGUGUUUCUGGUAUCACAGUUAGGCGUCCACUACAGCAAACAUUUGGUUAUAUCCGAGCAAAUAAGUUGAAGUAUGGUAUUUUAACAAAUUAUGAAAAGUUUUAUUUAUUGAAACGUGAAAAACCAUCAUUAUUUAUUUCAACAGCAAUAAAGUUAUCUGAUGCACAGUGGGCAACCACGUGGACAUUAGGUGGAAAAAAGAAAGUGAAGUCUUUCAAGACUCGAAUAGCAAGUCAAAUACUCCAACUUAUGCUCUAUUUAAUCGGCACAGAAAGUUUUGUUCUAAGUGCCAUAGUUAUUGAAAAACAGAGCGAUGAAGAUCGAAAAAACAAUUUUUAG